AGCACAUCAACAUCAGAUCAUUAUUUUCUACAACAUCGUACAAGGUCAUCCUGCGAAUCUUUGCCAGAACCAUCCGGUCGAACAAUCAGGUUCUUAUCAAUCGGCGACUCACUCCAGAUCUCGAUAUUUUCGAAAAGGCGGUCUCUACACGAUUUGCGCGGCGCCGCCUUCCCAUACUAGGCCGGCCGCAAAAUGGCUCGCGUCUAUGCGGAUGUCAACCAGCAGAUGCCACGGGCAUAUUGGGAUUAUGAUAGUGUAAAUAUUACCUGGGGCGUAUUGGAGAACUAUGAAGUUGUGCGCAAGAUUGGACGAGGAAAGUAUUCGGAAGUCUUUGAGGGAAUCAAUGUGGCCAACUACCAAAAAUGUGUGAUUAAGGUGUUGAAGCCGGUCAAGAAGAAGAAGAUCAAGAGAGAGAUCAAGAUCCUACAGAACUUGUCAGGAGGCCCAAAUAUUGUCGCCCUCCUUGACGUUGUUAGGGAUAGUCAAGUAAAUCCAACUUUUCCUUCUCUCCCAGGCGAACCUUUUUCCCUAGUUGGGAAGACGGGCAAAUGCGCGCUCACUGGCCUUGAACAACCCCUUGAAGAAGAAACAGACGACUCAUUCAUGAUGCAGAGCAAAACACCUUCGUUGAUUUUCGAAUUCGUCAACAACACCGACUUCCGUAGCCUUUACCCUAAGUUUAUCGAUUACGAUGUCCGAUUUUAUAUUUAUGAGCUCUUGAAGGCAUUGGACUUUUGUCACAGCAAAGGCAUUAUGCACAGAGAUGUCAAGCCUCAUAACGUGAUGAUUGAUCAUGAGAACAGAAAGUUGAGACUUAUCGAUUGGGGUCUUGCGGAAUUCUAUCAUCAAGGCACCGAGUACAACGUCCGAGUCGCAUCAAGAUAUUUCAAGGGACCUGAAUUGCUUGUUGACUUCCAGGAAUAUGACUACUCCUUGGAUAUGUGGUCUUUAGGUGCCAUGUUCGCUUCGAUGAUUUUCAGAAAGGAACCAUUCUUCCACGGAAAUAGCAACUCGGAUCAAUUAGUCAAAAUUGCUAAAGUUCUCGGCACUGAAGAUUUAUUCGACUACCUCGACAAAUACGAGAUUGAGCUUGACGCACAAUAUGACGAUAUUCUAGGCAGAUUCCCAAAGAAGAACUGGCACAGCUUUGUCAACGCUGAGAACCAACGAUUUGUUACUAAUGAAGCUAUCGACUUCUUAGACAAACUUCUCCGAUAUGAUCACCAAGAACGUUUGACUGCUAAGGAAGCCAUGGCCCAUCCUUUCUUUGCACCUAUUCGUGCUGAUGAGGCGGCUGCACGUGGUACCCCAGCUCCUACUACAUGAUUUCACUCCAUCCGAUACGACUUUAAAAACUUACCCGACAUUCAUAUACGGGCUCAUUUUUGACUUUUAACGUUCAUAUGAGCUAGUCCAAUUCUGAAUAGCGUUAUGCCAUUUGGCUUGAUGAUGUUCUUCUCUCAGAGCCGCCUUCCAUACUUCACUUUAAUACAUCGAGUAUGAGAAUCAUGGGGAUGUUCGUUUCGAUUGGGGGAUCUGGAGGAGGGUUGCGGGACCAGGCGUUGAUGAAUUUUUUUACGCGACCGAAGUUGCAUACCCUCUGCUCUUACUUUUCGUCGAGCAUUGAAAGUUUUAAUGCGAACUCUAGAUAGGCUAAAUCAACUCAAGAUUUUGUGUUUAUCGCGUUAUAGUCCAUGCGCGGUCUUUCAAAAUAUAAUAUAUUGUUUUUUUUA